AUGGCGGGUCUUUUCCGUCUGCUCAAAAUGCAGUACACCCCUCCCACAGACCCGCGAGGGAUCUCCUUCGCCGGCAAAACAGUCAUAUUAACAGGAGCGACUUCUGGCCUGGGGUACGAAGCCGCCAUCAAAUUCCUCAAUCAGGGCGUGAAAUCUCUGGUUAUCGGCAGUCGCAGCUUGGAACGGGGCAAUCGCACCAAAGAAGCGCUUGAAAAAUACACCAAUCGGCCCGGUGUGAUCCAAGUCUGGGAGCUCGAGAUGAGCAGCUUCCAAAGUGUCCAAAAUUUUGCUAGACGCGUCAAUGAUGAGCUCAACAUGGUGGACAUCGCAUUACUCAAUGCUGGUCUGUGGAACCGCGAAUACACAAAGUCGCCCGAGGGCUGGGAAGAGAUACUACAAGUCAACACUUUGUCCACAUCACUACUGGCAUUACUGCUUCUUCCCAAGCUGAGGGAAUCUUCCUCGGACACCGACCCCACACACCUGAGUAUCGUCUCUAGCCAACAAUUUGUGCGCGUUAAGGCAGAGUCUCUCCGGACAGAGGGUCCCCUACUCGAGCAUGUAAACGAUCCGCAGCAAUUCAAGGGCCCGAAACAAUACGGCAUUUCGAAAUUACUCCUGGAGUACAUGACGAAGAACCUCGCCAACCUGGUUCGCAAUGAAGACGGUACAUUGCAGGUCAUUGUCAAUACCGUGAGCCCUGGACUCUGCCAAUCAUCGCUUGGACGGCACUACGACAGAUUCUACGAACGAUGGCUUGUAUGGUUGAUGUACAAGCUCUUUGCGCGCACAACUGAGCAGGGGAGUCGGUCUUUGGUCAGCGCGACGGUGCAAGGUGCAGAGUCACAAGGGAAGUGUUGGAGGAGUGAUGGAUACCUCGAUGAAUCUGUUGCCCUGACUACUGGGGAUGAAGGCAAACGGUUCCAGGCUAAGGCAUGGAAUGAGAUACUGCAGGUUUUGGAAGAGCAGGCAGCAAGCGUGAGAGAUAUCGUCCGGAGAUCUUAA